AUGUCUGCUGUUCUCCAGCGGAUGCCCCCCUUUGCCAAGUUGUUUGCACGCAACCUGUUUGCAGCCCUCACGAUUUUUCACCUUCGCACACUCACACACUCACACUCGCAAUCAACACUUACCACCCGCUUCUCAUUGUCACACGUUCAAUUUCGCGCGAACCUUGAUACCUCUACUGCGAAGAUGGCAGAGGCGAAAUUUCGCCCUGUGUCGCGUCCAGCAGGGCUCCUACUGGACUUGGGGACUCUCACUUUUGUCGGUGAUGAUCUGUUCUCUGGGACUAAGGUCCGCAUCAAGAUUCGGGCCGAGAGCCAAGGCGAGACGUUUCCUUACUUCGCGGUGAUUUUAACGUUUCCUAUGGACCGCCCCAAGGGAACCGGCGUCUCGCAUGGGUGGCACGAUGGUCGACAGACCAACGAGUACCCCAUUACAAUCAAGCUGCCUUUGAACAAGUUCCAGUGUUCAGUAAAGAAGCUCAGCACCAAAAUCCACGAGGCUCUCAAACCAAAGAUGAACGGCGCCGAUGACACCUCCAUGCUGGUUGUCAACCUUCACCUGACGGAUGAAAAGUUUGGUGUUUUUGCCGAAGGGUUUCGAAAGCCUUUUGCCAGUACCGAUGAUGAAGUCGAUUCCUGGAUCAACCAGGAUGCCAAGCUUCAUGGCGUCUGUUCGCUCCCCGAGUUCCUGGCACGUCGGAGUUUCACCCUUGUCCUUCCUGGAGGGCAAAAGGAAAUGGACCACAUCCACAAUGCUGUUAAUCCUCCCGCUCGCUGGUCUGGCUAUAUGUAUCACAAUCUUACGUGGGAUAUGAAGCGCUAUGAAAAACAGCUUCCGGAUCGAAUGGGACCUUACUUCCAGCGAAAUUUCAAGUGGGACUCUUACUUGGAGAUGGCUGCCUACCUGGGAAUGCCCUACGUCCACGAUUCCUUUUGGUUGGUCCAGGAUAUUGGGGAGAUUGCUGUCAAAGACUUCAAGUGUGCCCUUAUCCCAACCAAGCCUGUGCAGGGCGACACAAGGUUCCUUGGCGAGUACUAUGCCUGCGUGAUUGUACCUACCACCUUUAGUUCCGUCUGCCUCUGGUUUGAUAACGAACCCAUCGAGAAGGCUGAGCGCGGCCGAUACGAUGUUUCCGAUGUCACGUCCGUUGACAAGGAUCGUGUUGCUGCGAUCAACAGGUUGCUUCCCGGCUCCAUCCCCAUGCCCGCCCGCGACAUCAUGGAUUCCGAAACUGGCGAGGAUGAUCCCGUCGAAGCCUGGUACCUUCAGGCAAUGAUGGCGCUGGACCGAGAUCUGAAAUGUGGCCGCGGCUUCUGGGUCAGCAUCAACUCUAUCCCACCUCCCCCGGUGAAACCUGAUCAAGUUCCCGCCAAGAUGCAAGCCAUCCUCCCUCGCUGCCCUACAUCCCCCAUGUCUUUGCCAGUCGUCAACCUGUUCCACGUUCCCAAUCACGGCCUUCGUCAGGUCAUCAUUGACCAGAUGGACGCAGACACAAGUUACGACCUGACCAAGUACAUGGAGUCUGCUGUGUUUGGAAUCCAGGUCUAUGCUGGUUUUGCUGGCGCUGGCAAAUCGGAGACUAUUGGCAUCGUGGUCGCUGGCAUGAUCGCCAACCCUCACAUCAAGGGUGUCUAUGUCUCUGCCCCUACGAAUGUGGCUACAGACAACAUCCGCAACCGCAUUGCCGACGUCAACUCUCGUUGCGUCGCAUUGUACAAUGGGAAACACACAGGCGCAUCCCUCAGGGAUGCGCUAGUUAUCCGCGGAUACAGUGUCCAAUCCGAGUUUCGAAACUUCUGGAAGAUCCUUCGAGGUGAAGACAUGAAACCGAACCCUUGGGAUCUUGGUACCUGGUCGCUUAAAGGAUCAGUUGCGUUUCACGCUCUCCAAGUCUUGGGGUAUGUCGAUGCCAACGUCCCGGCACUCUCAGCUACCAGCCCCGUGGUACUUCGCCACCGACAAGAGACCUUGAAAGGGCAAGAGGUCUUCUCUCCUCUGCUCAACCUCGCCCAGCGCAAGAUCACCGUCACGGAGUACGAUGCUCUGUCCCAAGUCACACGCGCCAACAUUACCGACAUCUUCGAAGUUUUGAUCGAGGGUGCUGAUAUGAUCUGCACCACUCCAUCGAUGGCUGCGGAUAAACCAUACUCCCUGGCCAACCGCAUCUGCAGCGCAGUUGUUCUGGAUGAGGCAGGAGCCAUGUGCUUAGGUGAUGCUGAGAUCGUUCGCGGGAACACUCUGCGACCGUGUGUGAUGGCAGGUGACGAGAAGCAGCCCCCCCCAGUCUUGAUUUCUGCCAGGGAUCGAGCCGCAAACCGCCAACCCCGAAAUCGCUUCGCGCUUGCAGGCCAAAUUUCAGCACUCGAGUUCAUGAAGCGCAGUGGUUGGCCCGUGUUCACCUUUGAGAAGCAGUACCGCAUGGCAGAGGGCCAGUUCGACAUGUCUCGGGAUGUCUUCUAUCCAGAUCUUGAGCAUUCCUUGACUUACGGCCCUACCUCACCCAUCGCCUCCCGCCCCAUUUCGCAGCAGGUUGAGGAAUGGUCUACCCGACGAUUCUCAAUGUCCUCCCCUCAGGGGAGGACGCAUCCAAUCUUGCUCUCUUCUGAGUCUCCUUGCCACAAAGACCCAUCGUCGUCAUCAAGCUACAACCCCGGGCAGAACAAGCUGGCAUUGACCUUGAUCCGGAGCCUCGUCCAAGACCUUGCACUUAACCCUCAACUGUUCACUCUUAUCACAAUGUACAACAAGAAUAAGAGUGAACUUGUGCAUAUGUUGGAAUCAUCAUACUCCGACAUCCACGGCGUGGAAUGCCAUACUGUUGACUCUUUCCAGGGCCGCGAGGCUCGUAUCAUUGUUCUUGUUCUUUGUGUCAAUGCCGAAACUGGGCCACGUUUCACAGGAGACGCACAGAGGCUAAAUGUCGCCACCAGCCGACAAACAGACUUUCUGUUCGUUGUUGGAGAUCAGAAUACAUGUCGCAAGGUGACUGCUCGACAGCUUCAAGGAUGUGAAGGUGAACAAGGAGAGACCAUGUCGAUUAAAGUUGAUCAAAUGCAACAGAUGUUCGAGUGGUUUCGAAACAACGAUCGUAUCGUCAUUCCCAAAGAUGACUGCAUUCACUCACUGGGGCCUACGACAACUACGAGAGCUAGCGGCAAGGGCAAGGGCAAAUACAAGGCCCACGAUAAUGACUUGUUGGUCAGUAGCGAUGAAUCCGAAGAUGAGAAACCUUCCAUCACUACCAUCUCUUCAAAGCUCGGCCGAUUUGGUCUUACAUCUACCUUCCAGGCCAAGACUACCCGGAACCCUAACAUCUCUCACAAGCACGAUGCGUCCAUUCCCUCAAGCUCUGAACUCAACACUUGGGAUCUCUCUACCCCUGUCUCAGACUGGACUCCCCUCAACCCUCCUGGUACCUUUGCAGGUGGCUUCAGCCAACAGGGCCACCACUUCAAGACUGACGCUGACUUUUGGGACUACGCCCCGCAUGAAGCAAAGGUCAAGGCCCAUCAUGCCUAUGAUGCGAGACGCGAAGAGGAAUACCUUGCUGGAUCCGUUUCCGAUUCAUCUGAUGAGUGCAAAGUCACGACGAAACCAGUUGCUGCGGGAAAGAGUCGUGGGAUUGGCCGACGUGGCCGUGGCUCUGUUCGUGGAGGAAAUACAGCACCUGCGCUUCCUGCGCGUGACUCGACUCGUGAGGGAAAUACAGGCCCUGCACUUACUCAUCCUCGUGGAGGAAAUUCAGGAGUUGCUCGUGGCUCUACUCGACCUCGUCUUGAUAGUCGCUUCGCGGGUCUCAAACAGUGGGUGACAGACAAGCCAUAG